AUGUUGUGUUACAUUUUACUUUUUUUUUUGAUAAUUUUAGGCACAUGGCUAUAUUUAAAAAAAGAAAAAAAAUAUACAAAAAAAAAAAAUAUAGUAAAAGGAAAAAAUAAUAAUUUUAUGAAAAAAGAAGAAAUAUUUUUUGAUGAAAAGUGUUAUUUAUUAUCAAGUGAAAAUAAAAAUUUGAUUAAAAGAAAAGAAAAAAUAGAUAUAUCUUUUAAUAAAAUGGAUAUAAGUUCAAAUAUAAAUGAAACAAAUAAUGAAAAAUAUAUGAAUAACUUAUCUAAAAAUGAAAGUACUAUAAAUAAAAAUACAGAUACAAAUGAUAAUGUAUUUAGUGAUACAAAUUAUAAUUUAAUUAAUAAUUUAAAUAAAAAUAUAAAAAGAAACUCAGAUGAUGAACUAAAAAAUGAAAUUAAAAAAUCAAAUAAAGAUUUUCAUAAAGUUUCUAUUGGUAAUUAUAAUAAUUUCAUUAAUAAUAUUCCCAAUAUUUGUGAUGAAGACAAAAAAUAUAUUGAAGAAAAAUGUUUAGAGAGAAUAAAUCAGUGUAAUGAAACUAAAUACAAAAAAGAAUGUGAAAAGGAAGAUAAUCAAAUUCAUGAGAAAAAUUGUGAUAGCACUAUGGAAAGUAUUGUUGAAAUAAGAAACACAAAAGAUAAGAGAAUAGAUGAAAAGGAAGAAAAAUGUAUUAAUGAAUUGAAUAAUAAAAUAAAUGAGAGAAAUAAUUUAGCACAGGAACAAAUACCGAAUAAUAAUGAUAAUGAUUAUUUAAAAAGCAAUGUUUAUCAAAAUAACAGGAACGUAAAAUAUGAUGAUGAUAGCAAUAAUAAUAAUAGUAAUAAUAGUAAUAAUAAUAAUAAUAAUAAUAAUAAUAAUAAUAAUAAUAAUAAUAAUAAUAAUAAUAAUAAUAAUAAUAAUAAUAAUAAUAAUGAUAAUAAAGAAAGCGAAAAGGGUUCUGUUGAAACAAAUAAAGAAAAUAAUUAUAUAAAAAUUAUAAAUGAUAAUACUGAAAAUAAAAUAAAUAAAAGUGUUAUAAGUGAAUCGUUUUGUGAUGGAAUUAAAAACAAUAGUAAAAGAAAUUAUUAUAGUGAUAAUUACAUAAAUGAAGAUACAGAAAAAAAUUCAAGUUCAUAUGAAAAUUCUUCAAAUGAAGAUAAUUCAGAAGAGCUUAGUUCAUAUGAAAAUGAAUCAAGGGCAAGUGAUGAUAGUGAAAAUGAAAAAAGCUCUUCAAUAGAUGAAGAUGAAGAAGAUUAUGAUGGAAAUUCUUCAGGUGAAAGUGAAAGUAAUUAUUCAAUUGAAGAAAAAUAUUUGGAUACUGAUUUAAAUAACAAAAGUGUAGAAGAAAUAAAAGAAAUUGGUAAUGAUUAUUUUAAAAAAUCUGAUUAUAUAAAUGCCAUAUUUUAUUAUAAUAAAGCUUUAAAAAAGUGUAAAGAAAAAAGUACAAAAAGCAUAUUAUAUUCUAAUAGAGCUGCAUGUAAUAUUUUAUUAAAAAAAUGGAAUAUGGUAAUUGAAGAUUGUAAUAAGUCAAUUAAUUAUAACAGUGAGUAUGUUAAAUCAUAUAUAAGGAGAAGUAAUGCAUAUGAGCAAUUAGAAAAAUAUAAUGAUGCAUCUAAUGAUUUAAAUAAGGCUAUAUCAAUUGAUCCAUCUUUAUUAAAAAAUUAUGAAAUGAAACAAAAAAAAUUAAAAAUAUUAGCUGAACAACAGUUAAAUAAAGAAAAAGAAGAAAUGGUUGGUAAAUUAAAAGAUUUCGGUAAUUUAUUAUUAGGAAAAGUUGGCUUGUCCUUAGAUAAUUUUGAAGUGCAAAAAAAUCCAAAUAACGAUGGUUCUUUUAAUAUACAAUUUAAACAAAAUAAAUAA